GCUGCUUCGAGUGCAAUGGAAUUGGUCAGGGCGCUCCUGGCGCUCUGUGCGUAUGGGGCAUGUUCUGUAGCCCUCUCCCGCGACUGCCCCGCACAGUAUAUCAAGAAUACUGGAAGGGUCGAGUGUUGCUCCAAGUGCCCACCAGGCAAAUUUAUGGAAGCACAAUGUACUGAGACCUCAGACUCCAUCUGUCAACCAUGCCCUGAUCGAUCAUACUCCAAAGAUUGGAACUUCGAGUAUUUUUGUUUCCGUUGUGAUGAAUGCAGUCAUGAAGGAAUGACGUAUAAGCAAAACUGCACGGCUACCUCAAAUGUCCAGUGCGAAUGCAUUGAGGGUUACGUGUGCAAAGAUGAACACUGCAACAGAUGUGCUCCAAAAGAUAAAGGUUCAGAAAACAAUCCUUACUCUCCAAGGACAUAUACGGACCCCAUAAAAAAGACAAGCCCACCAUGGAUGAACUGCACCACAUUAGGUCACUUGGAUAUUACACAUGCAAGUCAAACCAGUGACACAAUUAGCGCAAAAACCACUGACAUCCAGAUGGUGGAGACAGUGAUGAUCAUUGUGGGCCUCAUCUGUCUUGCCCUGCUGUGUCUAUUACUUGGAAUACAGAUGAACUCAUGGAGGAAGAACAGGAGGAAAACAAUUUUGUUACCAGCUGAUAUGAGUCCAUGGUAUCUGAAUAUGCAGGUGGAUGAUACCUACAGCAUCCACUUUCCAGAGCAGGAGUGCGGAGGGUUAUCACACCAAGAGGGAAAGAGCAUUGAACAAAUUGUGCUUGCUGAUCACUGCAUUAUGUGAGGAAGACCCACCUGGACAGACUCUGGAUUUAUUCAGGUGCCGAUACGACGCUGUGGGUGAGAAAUUGCUGCAAUGGUGGGUUAGGUGGCAAACAAGCUGGAUUUCUAUGCUACUGUUGACGUUUUUGAGCUGCAAAUUGUUGCAGCAAUAGUAGCUCAGGGACUGCAGUGUUGCAUCGGGAACCUUGUCAACAUCGUGCCCAAUUGGCUUAUCUCCCUUGACCAAUGAAAGGAAAGGGCAGAGAAAGAAACAGUGAAAGAUGGCGAAGGAAAUUAUGUAAAUUGGAGUCAGACUAAAUAUAGAGGCACAAAGAGGAGUAAACAGACGGACAGAAAGAAAGUGUAUGCUGUGAGAGAGAGAUGGGAAGAAAGGGACUGAAAUGAAUAUUGAGAAAAACUUAAAAAGCAAGCAGCAGAAGAGAAUGAUGUAACAGGAAUUACUGUGUUAGUCCAUGAACGAUUAGAGUGAAUGACACAAGUUGUGGACAAUGCACAAGCAAUCUUGACUCAUGUACAGGAGAAAUGAUUCAAAUUCAUCAUAAUCAUGAGCAAUGGAACAUCCAGUACACCAUGGCAUUGUUCAUUGUUCCGUUUUUUAAAAAAAAACCUUAAGCCCCUUCAACCAUCAUUGUAGGCGCAAGAUACAAUGUGACUCAUUAUAGCAACCAAUCGCUUAUCAAAUAGUCCACAACUUGGGGUGGAGAAAAUCCCCAGUGGUGGAGAAUUUAGGGAACCAUCAGUUCCUCCCUAGCCUGCCCAUUUUAAAAAAAUAACAAAAAUUCAUUCUUGGAAAUGUGGGUGUCACUGGCUGGACCAGCAUUUAUUGCCCAUCCCAAUUGCUCUUGUUCAGAAGGCGUUUAAGAGUCAGCCGCAUUGCUGUGGGUCUGGGGUCACAUACAGGCCAAACC